UUGGCAUUAAUCUCAUUGAGCUGGACAUAGUUCCAAGCAGAAAUUAAGAAAAGGUUCCAAAGAAAAGGAAAAAAAAAUUAAAGAAAAUGGCAAGGUUUAUUAGUGUAGCUUUCGGGUUUGUUUCUGUGGUUUUGCUGCAGUGUGCAGCGGCACAGACGGUGCAUGUAGUGGGGGAUAACAUAGGUUAUUGGACUAUUCCACAGGGUGGUGCACAAGCUUACACAAACUGGGCUAAUGGCAAGAAUUUCGUUGUUGGGGAUAUCCUAACUUUCAACUUUACUACCAAUGAGCACGAUGUACUCCGAGUCCAGAAGGAUUCCUUCGAUGCAUGCUCUUCUUCAAAUUCUAUUGGGAACGUAAUCACCGCCGGCCCUGUCAACAUCACCCUGGACGACGCUGGAGAUCACUACUAUAUCUGUACAUUUUCCCAGCAUUGUCAAUUUGGCCAGAAACUUGCCAUCACUGUCUCGUCAUCAGGAGGUGCACCAGGAGCCUCACCGCCCUCCACCACCCCUAGACUGUCCCCACCAACCACUCCUUCACCCACAAAUACCCCCGCCCUUUGCCCACCUGAUGCCCCAGCAGGUGCGCCCACAAGCCCUUCAACUCCUCCAGGGGCAAUGGGCCCCAACGUUAACACCCCUCCUCCACCAGGAUCUUCAUCUUCUAAGGUCUUGGCUGGUAUCUCUUUCUCCACGUUGGCUGUCCUCAUGGGCCUUUUCUUCUAGGCUAGGGUAAUGCUAUACAUAAUCAUACAAUAAAGUUUGAAUAUUUGUUCGAUAGAGAUCAAUUUGGCCUUAUUGAUCUCUAGGUGUCUAUUGUUAUUAUAGACGUUCUUUUCUUCUUUUAAUUCAAAUUCAGAUAGGUCAUUUCCAAGGUAUUUAUGUAGUUAGGUCAUUUUCGAAGUAUUUAUGUAUUCUUUUUUCAG